UUCUCGAGGAGUCACUCCUCCAUGGGCUGGAUCUGGAUGCUGGUGUGCUUCCGAGCGCCAGAACUUUCUCUUCGCGCUUCAUCAACGACAAACCACUUCGUUUACCGUGGCCGAGCGCGUUAACAUGCUUCGCCCGUGAGCACGCCCGAGCGUUUCCCCCCUUCGUUUCUAUUUAUUCGUCGUAACAAACUCAACAGGUGACUCUGCGUGAUGCCCAGCCAGGCUCUGCGCCCGCGUCUCUGCGUCCUGGAGAAGGGCGAGAACGGAUACGGCUUCCAUCUGCACGGGGAGAAGGGCAAGAGCGGCCAGUUCAUCCGGCUGGUGGAGCCCGACUCCCCCGCCGAGCUCUCCGGUCUGCGCGCGGGCGACAGGCUGGUGUUCGUGAACGGAGAGCGCGUGGAGAGCGACAGCCACCAGCAGGUCGUGGCGAGGAUACGCGCCAGCGACGGGAGCCUUCAGCUCGUUGUGGUGGACGCCGACACCGACCAGCUGCUGAAGAAGCACGAGCUCAAGUGCUUGAAGGAGUUUGUCACGGAGGGCGUUCCGGUGCCCGAGCGCGGAGAGGACGAGCCCGAGGUCAGCGACGAGAUGAUGCGGGACGACACGCCGCCGCCGGUGCCGGAGAGGAACGGAGAAAUCAUUCCCGUCUACAUUCCCGCGGUGGAGAAACUCAGGACAUCCGUGAGCUCGGAGAAGGACUUGAAGACCCAGCUCAGACCCCGGCUAUGUGUCAUUGAGAAAGGCCCCGGCGGCUUUGGCUUUAACCUGCACAGCGAAAAGUCCAGACCCGGCCAGUUCAUCAGAGCUAUAGACGACGACUCGCCAGCACAGAGAUCCGGCCUGAGGCCCAAAGACCGCUUAAUACAGGUCAAUCGGGUUUCGGUGGAGGGGAAGCAGCACGCCGAGGUGGUGGCCGUGAUUAAAGCCGGGGGUGGCAGCACUUCGCUCUUGGUCGUAGAUCCAGACGCGGACGCUUUCUUCAACAAGUGUCGAGUGGCGCCCACCGCAGAACACCUCACAGGACCGCUGCCUGAACCCGUGGUCAACGGAGACAUGGAGGACAAGGUAAACGGAAACGUGGCCAAAGAGGUGGAGCUGAAGGACUCGAAGUUAUCAGUCAGUCCGUCCCCGUCCAACUCCUCCUCCAUCGCCUCCCUCACGACUCCGCCCACUGGGACUCCGCCCCCUGAGGCUUUGGAGCCGUCCAUCACAGACGCCAUCCCAGAGCUCAAUCUGUCCCUGCAGCAGGUGAAAGAGCGCGCUCACCAGAAACGCUCCAAUAAGAGAGCUCCACCCAUGGACUGGAACAAGAAAAAUGAACUCUUCAGUAACCUAUAGACCUCCGGUCACCCGUCCGCCCGUUCAUCCAACCCUCAGCUCUGUUCAAGACUUGAUCAAACAGAGCGGAUAUUAUAAUGAAGUUAAAGUCAUCGAUGAAGUAGGCUCAGUAUGACGCAUGUACAGUGUGUAUAUGUACACACAGAUUUAUAUUAUGUAUUCAGAACUAUGUAUAUGAAUUACUAACAGAAUAUAUAUAUAUAUAUGCUACAGGGAAGAUUACAGCUACAACUGUGAUGCAUUGGCUGUGUUCAGAAUACAGUACUAACUUACCGUAAUGUUCCUGCUCAGCGUAUACUGCGUACUGUUUUAAAAUAGAGCAUCUCGCGUUUAAUUUAACGAGCGGCUUCCGGUUAUCAUCUCGAAAGUUUAUUUCGUACCAAUUCAGUUUUGCGCAAAUGACUUUUAAAGCUCGGCCAUUCGGCGAACUCAUACCCGUUGUGCCAGCUCACUGGAAAUGGAAAAAAGCCAUUUCGCAUUGCGGGAUACCGUGGUUUAGCAACAUCACCAACGUUUCCACACAAUACAUCACAGAAAUAUAUUAUGUUAGUAUGCUAUUCUGAACAGAGCCUCCGUAACUAACCCAGCAUGUUUGACAUUGCGCAGAUUUGGUUCUGCUGUGUUCGUGCGUUCAAGGAGUGGUUUUUUCCAGCAGCUCUCGUUUCAUUGUUUUAUAAUGAAGGACCCCGAUGAAGAGUGGGGCAGAAGUGAAUCCUGAACUCCUAUCAGUGUGUUUGAUCGAGUUUGAAUGACUGAACAUGUGUAGUAAUCUCACUUUCUGCUAUAAACGGAUUUUCACACUGAAAUCUAAUCUGCAAUAAAGCAUUUUAUAUUAAACACAA